ACGCACGUGGCCCUUGACUACGCACGUAAGUAGUCUGCCGUACGAAGUCAGCUAAGACCAGGAGGCCGUGAGAGCUUGACCAAGGACCAGACAAGGAGAGCUGGCCCAGGACAGACACACAGGACAACCUUGUUUCUUCUUCUCGGAUCUGGACACUAUUUUAUAAGUCAUGUUUUGGAGAGCGUUUAUGCUGGCUGCAGCCUGUUCUUUGGCAUAUGCAAAUUCUCCUGAAGACGAUUCAAGUCUGGAAGAGACUAUAGAGCAACUGGUACGAUUCGUCAAUGACAAUGCCCACGAAAACCACCUAGUAAAUCAGGAAUUGAGAAGACGCCACACCACUGAAAAAAGUAUGAAGAGUCGUCGCAUGAUACGAAAGAUGAAAUGGUCGACUCCCGAGAUCAGGGCCAAGGAAGAGGCAUCCCUUAAAUCACUCGAUGCUACAAAACAACUCAUGGAUUUGACUGGUUUGUCGCUGAGAGACCUCCAGGAUACUGAAGAAAUAGUGUCUGAAUGGAAAAAGCAGACCACUGCUUGUCCAACACACCAGGUAGAUUGUUCUUCGGCUAGUAAUAAAUUCCGUUCAGCAGAUGGAUCGUGCAACAACUUGGUUCAGCCAUGGUUUGGAUCAGCUGCUACUGCACAAGAAAGAUUCCUUCCUCCACUUUACGAUGAUGGAGUUAGUUCUCCAAGAACUUUGGGCAAGAAAGGUCAACCUCUGCCCAGUCCUCGAAAAGUCAGCAACAGCGUCUUCAAAUCUUCAAUUGAGAAAAAGGAAACGGAAUUGUCACUGAUGGUAAUGGCCUGGGGUCAGUUCCUUGACCACGACAUCACACUUACACCAGCAAGCUCGGGAUCGGAGACUUCAGCGACUGAUUGCUGUCGCAAUGUUUCAACUGCACUACCCGAGUGCUUCCCUAUUGCUAUCCCGUCUGAUGACCUCCAUUUCACCCGUACCAAGUGUAUGGAUUUCGUACGGUCCGCUGCCGUCACCGAUGCCUGUUCUCCAAACCACCGUGAGCAGUUCAACGCCAUCACUGCAUUUGUUGAUGGCUCCAACGUAUAUGGAUCAUCGGUGGCCCAGAUGAAUGAACUGAGGGCUUUCAGGAAUGGACUCCUAGCGACGUCAACAGUUACCUCGAGCCUCCCCCCAGCUGGUGACCCGCACAGUUGUUUGAUUAAUUCAAAUCCGGACUUCUGCAUCAAAGCCGGAGAUGUACGGGCAAAUGUGAUUCCUCAUCUUGGAGCUAAUCACGUUCUCCUUUUCCGGGAGCACAAUCGGAUUGCCACAAUCCUCUCGGCUAUGAACAAUGGCUGGAACGACGAGAGGGUAUUUCAGGAAACCAGGAAAAUUAUCUCGGGGAUUUUACAACAGAUAAGUUAUUACGAAUGGCUACCAUCCAUUCUCAGCCCAUUUCAUUUGUCCAAAUUUGAUCUUUUGUCAUCCAAUCAGGACCCCUAUCGAUCUCGUACCAAUCCCAGCAUUCGGAACGGGUUUGCAGUUGCUGCAAUGAGAUUCGGACAUUCUCUGAUUCCUGCUAAUGAGUGCUAUCUUCUCCGUGACUAUGUUACAUGGGAAGUGGAGAAGCCUAUUCAGCAAACAUUUUUCAGUCCGUCGUUAGUGAUCCAAAAUGCUGGACAGGACGUUCCAAAACUGGCAAGAUGGGUGAUCGCCAACAAUUCCAUGAAGGCAGAUAGGAUAUUUGAGCCAGGUGUUAGAAACCUGCUUUUCCUGGACAGUAACGGGAGCAGCUUUGACCUGGGAUCAUUGAACAUCCAGAGAGGACGAGACCAUGGAGUUCCUCCAUACGUUGAGUACAGAAAACUUUUUGGACUGAAAAAGCCUAAGAGCUUUAACAAGCUGACUGACCACAACAGUUAUGCCAAGGGCUUGUUGAAAGAUGUCUACGAUAGCGUUAAAGACAUUGAUCUGUUUGCUGGUGGUAUGUCGGAGAGGAAAGUGCCAAAUGGCCAUCUUGGACCCGUGUUUACAGAAUUGAUUGGAAGGCAAUUCAGAGAUAUCAAGUUGGGUGACCGCUUUUGGUUUGAAAGGCCAAGUCCUGAAGGAUUUCCACCUGCACAACGUGACGAGAUCAGGAAGAUGACCCUUGCCAAAGUCAUGUGUACCAACUUUGGUAUGGACCUUGUAACAAAGGACGUCUUCCAUAUACAGAGCACAAUUAAUCCACUCACAACGUGUAACAGUAUUCCAGAUAUAGACCUGACGCUGUGGAAGGAGUAAUAGAACUCGACAAUAUCGAAAUACAACGUAACGGAACUGUAAAAAUUCUGAACUAUAUUAUGCCACAAGCAUAUAAACAGUUCUUGUUUAUUGAAGUAACUGUGAAGCAUAUUUCCACAUCUUGACUAAUUAAUCAAGUGAUGAUGUUAUUGCUUUGAGAAAUGCAGAGAAAACAUCAACCUACCAGAUUUCGGUAGUUUCCACAUGUUUUUAGAUGUUAAUAUCUUCCGUAGUGUUGUUAUUGGUCAUUUUUUAAAAACUUUUUAAAAAACCUAACGAAUGAAUUGUUCUGUUAUGCAUUUAUAUCUUGUCGAGUUUGAAUAAAUUGUUGAAAUGUU